AUGGAGGUGGUGAGAAGUGUUUCCUCAGCUUUGGUCAAUAAUCAAAGGACGAUCUUAAACUGCAAAGUAGAGACUGGUGGAAAUGACAUCAUUUCGGCUCCACCUGACCGGGAAGUGGCAGACCGGCCCACCCGGGGGGCCGGCCCUCCUUUGGGCCUCGGGUCGGCCGUGCGCGGGGUUAAAGCCCCGACUUCCUCAGAGUGGGUCCCUGAGGUGCACAGCGCGCGGGCACCAGGAGAUGCGCACGGGUCUGGCCUCUGCGCGCGGCGGCCUCACGCUAGCAACCUCACGCCCCAGGCGGUGGCGGGCUGCGAGCGAGGCGGGGCCAAGAGGGCCGCCGGACCCCGAUGCCCUCAGGCACCACCCCGGGGCUGGCGCCGAGGUGGCCGCGGGUGGUGGCGCGUGCUGAGGCGGCGGCAGCGGCAGCGGCAGCGGCAGGCGCCGCCGGGACGGGCAGGGGCGCGCGGCUCGGGCGGGCGCCGGCUGCCUCCCUCCGUCUCUCGCUCGCUCUCCCUCCUGCUUGCUCGCCGGCUGAAGGGCCGGGCUCUCUCCCAGAGCUCUCGGGAAGGAAGAAGGGGGGCCAAAGACGCCGACAAGUUCCCUCAGCAGCCGCAGAUCCCGGCCCAGGCGGAGGCUGCGGCUCAGACGGGGCAGGAGAGCACUCCGCGGCGGAGCGCACGGCCAGAGCGUCUCAGGCGGGGGGCGCCCGGGCCUUUCGCUCUCCGCGGGGCCGCGGUCCGGGAUCCCAUGAGACGCGCCCGUGAGGGGCGAGAGAUCCGAAGCCCGGGCGACGAGAGGCAGAGGCGGAGGGCGGUGUUGCAGCUGCUGGAAGCCCGGAUCGGCCGGCAGGAGGCGGCGGAGAGAACUUGAACUUGGCGUCGAGAGCGGGCGCCCCGGACGCCCCCCGCCGGGGCCGGGGCGCCGAGAGACCUGG